UUAGAGCCUCAAUUUAGACAUUGUAAGUCGCCGCUCAUCCGCAGAGUCAUUCACUCCAUGAGCUCCUUUCCCCCUGUCUCCCCUUCAAGCGCUCGGGCACACAGCUUUUGCGUCGAUUUUGAGCCCCCUGUGAGCCAGGCCUUGCGGCUCGUAGUCAGGGGCGAUGCAGGCGUCACCCUCCAUCUUGCCCUCAUCAGGAAGUGGCACCAGUGUAAAGCCGCUCUUGCCGAGCCUGUCCGCUGGAGCGUUGCAGAUGUAGAAGGUGCAUGUGUCUCCGCCACUGCCCAGCUUGAUGCACAGCCCACCGAACUUGGCAGCGAAAAGGGAGACAUUCUCAGUGACGUCGACCCACCGGCCAGAUUUGCUCCGCGAGUAGACGUGCUGGCAAACACCUGAAUGCAGAGAGGGUCCCGCAGCUGAUUGUGCACGACGGUCGCCCUGUUUCAGUGCGGCCUACUUGCUUCGGUUGCUUCGGCUGCGAGGCCCCUGAAGUGGACGAGCCUGGAUGAGUUAGCUGAGACGGAUAGCGUGGCCAGGGUGGCCAAACGGAUGAACAACACUCGGAACAUUGCAGCGAAUAUGGGGGAUGCAGUGAAUCCGUGGAGACUGG